AUGUGGGAGGAGACUCACGGUGCUGUAGGCAAAGAGGAUGAGUGUUCUGUGGAGUCUAGGGGCUUUCUAGGAGGGGAAGGAAGGGUAGGAUCAAUGGGAGGAGGGUGGAGUGAAGUCGGGCUCCUCGAGGAAUUGCCGGAGAACUGGGAAGCAGAAGAAACUCGUAUUGCUCUCUAUCUUGCCCAAGUUCUUGGUGAUUCAAGGAGCUUAGUCUUGAGGAGUCAAAAUAAGAGAUAUCGUCCAGCUUUCUUCAGAAAGGAGGACCUGGAAGACUCACUGUCUAGAGCUUCUCGCCAGCAGAGGCAAUUAAACCCUGCCUUAAGGAAGGGUGACAUUCAGGUUUGUGUAUUGGAGGAUAUCAUCAAAGCUAUGAAGGAAAGCUCUGCUGCAUCGAAGUGGGAUGACAUUGUGUUCAUUCCUCCAGGCUUUAAUGUCUCGACAGAUCUGACUGAAAGUGCACAGGGAUAGAAACGAUUGAGUUUCUGAUUCCGUAGUUUUGCCGAAGAAUGCAUCACCGGAGCAAAGAGGACGUCUGAAAUGUCCACUGCAACAAGGAAUUGUUGAUGGGAGGGUGGAAAAUGGAAAGGCCUCCAAUACCAUCGAAGUCUGAUCUGUUUUCUGAUAUAGACAGCUUUCUUUCUCCAUGCUGCUUGGUGAGAUUAUGUUGAGCAGUGGCAUCUUUUGUCAUUGUUGUGAAUGUUGGUUGAAAACAUGUUUAGGAUACUCGAAUCUUGCAGGAUAUGUUCGUUGACAGUUUGGUGGUGCAGGAUUUUUCCUGCCCGUUGCUCUUGAAAUUGAACCCACCUUAUAAAAGUAUGUUACUUAUGUCGAA